CCCUCCUCUGUCCCCGGCACAUCACCAGAUUACUACAGGGAGCAAGCCCUGCAUCUUCCUGCUCCGUCUGGACACACAAGACCCCCCUGCUGCCUGAUCCUGACCACCCAGCACACGCUUCUUCUCCGGAUCACGGGCACUUUGCCCAGUCAGCUGCAGCAGGAGGGUAUGGAGGGGGCACAUUAUGCCAAUCCGUGCAGUUUGAGCUUCCAUGGUCACAAUGCUGGGCACUGAUUGCAAAACACGGGUUCCAAGGCUGGCAUCAGCGGCAGCAUGGACCAUGAAGCUGCCCAGCUGGAGAAUCAACAUGUGCACAGCGUGUAUGAGAGUACAGCUCCGUAUUUCAAUGAGCUGCAGAGUAAAGCAUGGCCGAAGGUUCGACAAUUUCUGCUGGAGCAAAAACCAGGCAGUCUUGUUGUUGACAUAGGUUGUGGUACAGGAAAGUAUCUCAGUGUAAACUGCAAUACAUAUAAUCUUGGCUGUGAUUACUGUGAACCUCUAGUGGAGAUUGGCAGAAAUAACAACCUUGAAGUCAUGGUAUGUGACAAUCUCAAUCUCCCUUUUAGGGACAAGUGUUUCGACACCAUUAUCUCUAUUGGGGUGAUUCAUCAUUUUUCCACUAAGCAAAGAAGAAUUCGUGCAAUAAAAGAAAUGGCAAGAAUUUUGCAUCCCGGUGGUCAGAUAAUGUUGUAUGUUUGGGCAAUGGAACAAAAAAGCCGUCGGUUUGAAAAACAAGAUGUAUUUGUGCCAUGGAACAAAGAAUUAUUGCCUCGACGAACCCCAGAAAUAAACCAGUAUGAAAAUAAAGCAAACCCCAAUAUUAAGUCUAAUGAAAUCGACCAAAAGUUGGUCCAAGAGUCGGAGAGCAUCAAUUUGCAUAACCUAAAGCAGACUUUUGAUUCUAAGCAGUCACAUAAUACUAGCACCUGUAAAGCAAGUGAAACAUGCUGCAUGAAAUUUCCCAAUGAUGAUAGUAGACUCUACAGUGCUUUUGGAAGAUCUAUUCGCUCAUGGUUCUUCUCCAGGUCCCUUGAUGAGUCCAUCUUAAAGAGGCAGAUUGAUAAGAUGAAGUCUCUCAGCCCAGUCAGUGGGUGGGUGAACAGCACGGUGUCUGUGCAGCCUUCUCGACACUGUAGUCUUGACCUUGGACACCAGAAGUUUCUACUAAAGGAGCAUAGUUUCGAUGAUGACGAGGUUUUUAUUAAAAAUGAUACGCACAAAAAGCAUCAGUGGUUUUUAGCUUUAGAUCCCUCGAAAAAUGAAAAUGGAAGACAUGUUGGUUUGGUCCGGAAUGAUAUGAAGCAAAACUUUCAGCAAGAUGGCAAAUACUUUAGCUGUAUUUGUAGCAGUGAGGGUGAAACUGGUACCCAAAACAAAAUCUUAAAAAGAACUUCAACCACAGAGUCCAGCGACUCAGUUUUGGAUGAAACCGUGGCAGCCAGUGACCAAGAGGCAGAUGCUGUUGACUCAACAGCAUACAUGCGAUAUUAUCAUGUUUUCCGUGAGGGAGAACUGCGUAGCCUCUUGGAAACCGAUGUUCCAGAACUUAGCGUUAUAAGUUCUUCUUUUGACCAUGGUAACUGGUGUGUAAUUGCAGAAAAAAAAUAAUCUUAUCCUACAAGUAUUUUAUUUUUACAUAAAGUCAUGGUUGAUUCGUACUAGUAAGUCUUACAGUGGGGAUCAAAAGUUUGGGCACCUCAGCUAAAAAUUUGUAU